AUGGUUGAAUUAUCUGUUUUGGUUUACUGGCUUCCUUUCUCCUUUAUCAGCACACCAAUCUUCACCAGGGAUGGUUUCUUUGCUGCAGCAGCUGCUCCCGUUGCAAGUAUAUCUGGGUUUGAGUUUGGGGUGGAUCCAAACCUUGACCAUAAACUUGCUCUUGCAUUGAGAGUUUCAAUAAAAGGGAAGAAGUCUAGGCAAGAAGUAGCUGCAAAAAAGGCUGCCGAGGAGGCUGCUAAGCAAGAAAAAGGCGGAGAACAAUCGAACUCACUGGAUGCAACUAUGGCUGAUUUCACUUCGACACUAAGAAAAUUGACUUACUGGUUAGUUUCUUCUCAUACUUUGGUAGUAGCACUGGAAGAGGACAAAGAAAAUCCUUUGCUGCAACAAGCCUUUCAAAUGUCCAUGAACGAGAGUCCUUAUGGCGACGGUGUACAAGACACCGAUAUGUCAAAUGCUGCUGUUGAUAUUACUGACUUAGAAUUAGUCGAGUCACAUCAUUUCUGGCAAAGAUCUUGGACUUCCUCUCUGCAGUUGUCAGUGCAAGAAAAUUUAGACUCAUCUGACCGAUCAUCCGAUAUGGGCAAACUAUUGGCAGAUCAGUCCUUUGUGUCCUUGAUCCUUGCAUCGCUUCUUGGGGUUGAUCCAAACGACGCUUCCAUAAAGGAUUUGCUCGCCUCAAUGUAA